UUCAGCCGGUCACGUGCCCGUGCCGCUGUCAUGGCUGACCCGGAGAGCAGCAAAGCUCUUAGCGGACUGCUGAACGGCAUCGCGCAGAGUAGAUACUAUGGCAACGAGGAGAUAACGGAGGAGCUGCUCAAGAGAGAGCUGUACCCGGAGCUGCCGCCCGACCAGUUCAGAGCCCUGCACGACAAGAUGCUGGGCAUCAUCAAGUCAAUCGUAUCUGCAGAUAUGGAUGUAAACCAGAUUGAUGCCUUCCUGACAGCACAGACUAAAAAACAAGGAGGAAUCACCGCGGAGCAAUCUCUGGUCAUUGCGAAAUUUUGGAAGAAUCACAAGAAGAAAAUUCGGGAAAGUGUCAUCAACAUGAGCAGGUGGGAAAACACUCUUAAGAGCCUGAAGUGGAGGAUCGAUGUAAAAUCGCAGUCCAGGCACACAGACCAAGGAAACAGCUCUGCCGCCAUUGUAGAGAUGGAGAUUGGAACAAAAGGCCAGGAUUCUGAAUUUCUCUGCAUAGAACUCAAUGAAACAAAGAUGAAUGAAAUGCUCAAGAAAUUAUCCGAGGUGGAGGAAAGCUUGGCAGCGUUAACCCAGAUCAGCUAAUUGGCACCAGACACAAUGUGAUGAAUUUGUUCUUUAUUUUUUUCCUCAAUUUUUUAAAUAAAUGUUUCACACUU